AUGAAAUUAAAAUUGAAAAAAGCUGCAUACUCAGACAAAAUAAAAAAUGAAAUGAUUAAGUCUAGUGCAGAUAUUCUAACACAAGGAUUUGUUAAACUAUUCAACAUAAUUUUAAAUUCUGGAAAGUUUCCGGAAUUUUGGUGUGAAGGUCUUAUUACCUCAAUCUAUAAAUCAGGUAAUAAAUUAGAUCCAAAUAACUACAGAGGAAUCUGUGUGUCAAGUUCUCUAAAAAAAUUUUACUGUCUAACUCUAAAUGAUAGACUAAUGAGUUAUACGGAGCAAGAAAAGAUUAUUCAUCACUCGCAAAUAGGCUUUAUGCCUGGCAAUCGAACAGCCGAUCACAUAUUAACAUUAAAAACGAUUCACGACAAAUACGUAAAACAAUACAGUAAUGAAAAAAUAUAUGCUUGCUUCGUGGACUUCAAAAAAGCGUUUGAUUCUAUCUGGCAUGAUGGCCUUUUCUUAAAACUACUAGAAAACAAAAUAGGAGGACGAUUCUACGAUCUGAUAAAAGAUCUGUACACUAACACUAGGUGUGCAGUGAAGAUAUCAGAUCGUAGAACGUCCUUCUUCCCUUACCGCAAGGGAGUUCGUCAGGGUUGUGUUUUAAGUCCAUUACUAUUCAACUUAUAUAUUAAUGAACUACCAAAAUUAUUCGAAGAAACAAUUUCUGAUCCCUUCAUACUACCAAAUAGUACUACAAUAAGCAGCCUUCUCUAUGCUGAUGAUUUAGUAAUAUUGUCACGAUCAAAAACCGGUCUCCAAAACUGCCUAGAUACGCUACACAACUGGAGCGAAAAAUGGCUAUUGGAAGUCAACCUCAAAAAAACGAAAGUCAUGAUUCUGCAAAAACAUAAAUCUAAACCAAAAAACAUUCAAUUUAACAUUUUAAAAAAUCCAAUCUCCAUGACUAAUGAAUAUACGUACCUAGUUUAG